UUUACUUGAUACUUAACCUUUUAUAAGGCAGUGGCAACUAUAUUGCCACCUACUGUUUGUAUUUUUAUCUGUGUUGUAACAAUUUAUUUCGAUUUUUUUUUUGGUUCACGCAAAAUUGGGAUUACCAACAACGCCUGGUAUUUUUUUGGUGCUAAACAAAGCUUUAACAACAAUUUGGGAGCCAUUUGUAUUCUCAAAAAUGGCUAAAUUUGACUGCGUGAAGAAAAUAAGCUCAAACUUAUUGAAAAUUUUUAGAUUUGGUAAAUAUUUUAAGAAAUAAUUAAAUUAUGGGUUGACAUGAGCUGAACAACACAGUUUAUAUUAUGGUUUAAACCCUAAUCCACUCUAAAAUCUCUUUUCCGGCUUUUUGUCGAAGUCAAAAGGAGAAAAGUACCCUAAACGGGCAGUGGCAGCUAUAUUGCCACCUAGAUUUUUGAGAGUUUCUUUCAAACAAAAAUUGUUUUGUACAUGUAAUCAUGUAUAUAAUCAUUUCCAUGAUAGUAUGCGUUGACAACUCUUCUAGUUUUCUCGGCCUUAUAAAGGGUUAAUGCAAGUAAAAAGUUUAUUGAUUAUGAAAUAUCUUUUCUAUAGGCCUAGUAGAAAGCUACGUAGCAUAUCACAAACCCCUACCCCCCUAUCGUCACACUUCGUCACAAAAUCACAAACACCCCCCUCCCCCCUAAAAAGCUACGUCAUUUAUGGACGACCCCUUAGUGGCGUUUUAUCUAUAAAAAAACAGCUCAUACUUGCCUCCAGAGAUGACAUUUAGACAGAUUUAUCUUACUUGAAUUUGGAAGGAAAACACAAGAGAGAGGCACCAACACCACUAGGUGGAUAUUAUUUGGAGUUUUUACAUUCAAUUCCAAUCAAAUCAAAUCGAAUUGCUGUGCAACGCCCACCAAUUCAGUCAGGAACGUGCCUUUUCAAAGGAUACAUAAUGCGAGGUCGAGCACAUGGUCGGUCACUUGAUGACAUGGUGCGACUGAUCGGUCAAACUAACCAAUGCCCAUCAAUUAAAUUGAUUACUGUUAUUGCGAUUACAUGCCAUCGCAUCGGUUGGUUGAAUCACUUCUGUCUGUGCGGUUCUGUGGUGUUUAAAAGGCCGUUUUGACUAAAAAGCAAACUCACUAUUUUGUCAUUCAACCAACGUGGCGGCGCAAUGUUGAUCGAAAACUGCCCAAUCAUCAACGUCAACGUCAAAGUGUGGCUCUUCUGGGCCUAUCUCCGGAAGCCCAAGUGGUACAGCUACCUGCUGGGAUGCGUUCCGGUGACGGUGCUCAACGUGUUCCAAUUUAUGAACCUUUUCAACGUGAUUGCGUCUGGCAGUGGCGAUAUGAACAAGAUUAUCAUCGACGGGUACUUUACGGUGCUCUACUUCAAUUUGGUGCUUCGGACGUCGUUCCUAAUGGGAAACCGAGGCAAGUUCGAAACGUUCCUGGAGGGAAUCGCCGAUGAGUACGCCGUAUUGGAGAAGCAAAACGACAUCCGCCCACUAAUGGACCAGUUGACCCACCGGGCAAGGAUUCUGUCCAAGUCGAACCUCUGGUUGGGAGCGUUCAUCAGCGCUUGCUUCGUGACCUAUCCUCUGUUCUCGCCGGACAAUGGCCUUCCGUAUGGAGUCUACAUUCCCGGGGUCGACGUCCACGCGUCGCCAAUUUACGAAAUUGUGUUCGUGCUGCAAAUUUAUCUCACCUUUCCGGCAUGCUGCAUGUACAUCCCGUUCUCCAGCUUCUACUGCACCUGUGCCCUGUUUGGGUUAAUUCGAAUCGCUGCACUGAAGCGGUCCCUGGAGAAAAUUCACGAGUUCAAUACUUCCCCGCGGUCGCUAUUUGUGAGGAUUAAAGAGUGUCUCCAAUAUCACGAGGACAUAAUCAAAUAUGUGAGUGACCUUAACGAACUAGUAACCUACAUAUUCCUACUGGAGUUGCUUUCGUUUGGAAUGAUGCUGUGUGCACUGCUCUUCCUGUUGAGCAUCAGCAAUCAGCUGGCCCAGAUGGUAAUGAUUGGUUCGUACAUCUUCAUGAUAUUGUCGCAAAUGUACGCCCUCUAUUGGCACUCCAACGAGGUUCGAGAGCAGAGCCUGGAAAUUGGAGACUCGCUGUACUACAACAGUGCUUGGCUCGAUUUCGAUCAGUCUGUCAAGAAGAAGAUUAUUUUGAUACUUGCUCGAGCCCAACGGCCAUUAGCGAUAAAAAUCGGAAACGUCUACCCCAUGACACUGGAAAUGUUUCAAUCCUUGCUGAAUGCAUCGUAUUCGUAUUUUACAUUGCUUCGGAGAGUUUAUAAUUAAAAAAAUAUAUUGCGCAACUAAUUUGCCAUCUAAAGUUCAAAAGGAGAUGACACGUCAGGUUUGAAUUUCAACAAGGACAAACUUUUGCCAC